UUAAUUGGCAGUGAAACUGGAUAUACCUGAAGUGGACGUUACAUUCGAAACGUCGCCCGCCUCCAACAUGACUCAGUCAAACAUGUAAAUUCUUCAAAUUAUUUUUAUGUUUGCAAAUCUAUUUCAGGUUAAAAAGUAAACAACAGAUGUACGAGUUUAUUAAUAUGUGCUUGCUUUUCCGCCAAAGAUGAUGUUCUGAAACCAUUAAAAAAUUAUUUACAUUUUUCAUGAUCGGAUCAAAAAUUAUGUGAAAUUGGUUCAUUACCAAUUUACACAAAUAUAAAUCUUUCGAAACGUAAAAUUAUCUCGGUUUCGUAAUCACAGUAAUAUUUUUAUCUCCGUCAUGGCCGUGAUUAGGUGCUUCAGUUCUUCCCUAACCAUGGCGCCAAUUCUUUACAUGCAGCACUUCUCAGGACCCGCAAGGUCAGUACUGUUGACAGCUGCUGCCUUAGGACUGAAACUGCAACACAAAAUCGUCGAUCUGUCCAAACAAGAACACUUAACUGAAAGUUUUCUUAAGCUAAACCCGCAACACACUAUACCCACUCUAGAAGAUGAUGGUGUUUUUAUUUGGGACAGUCAUGCGAUUAAUGCUUACCUAGUAGCAAAAUACGGAAAAGAUGACUCCCUUUAUCCUAAAGAUCUGGCCAAAAGAGCUAUGGUAGACCAAAGAAUGCAUUUUGACAGUGGGCUAAUUUUCAGCUGGCUAAGGAACAUUGCUAGAGGAGUGAAAUACAAGGGGUGUAAAUCACUAACCGAGGAUCAAAUCGAAGGGCUAGAACACGGUUAUGAGCAUCUGAACACUUUUCUAAAGAACAGUAAAUGGGUGACUGGUAAUUCAGUUACUAUUGCAGACUUUAGCUUAAUCGCCAAUGUCACCACUCUCAACAUUAUAUAUCCUGUUGAUAAGUCCCGUUAUGGAAAUAUCAGCAGGUGGUUGAAGGACUCGGAAGCUCUUCCCUACUAUGACGUAAAUCGCGAGGGUCUGGAUCACUUCAAAAUGAUGAUGAAACCCCUGCUAACCAUGGCCCCAAGAGUUUUCGUGACCAUCGUGAGUCCGGCCGUCCGAGCCACCCUCUUGACCACACACGCUCUAGGAAUUAACAUUGAACUGGAAGAAAUCGAUCUGAACAACAAGGAACAGUUCAAGCCCAGCUUCAUCAAGAUCAAUCCUCAACAUACCGUACCCACUUUGCAAGAUGACGACGAUUUUGUCGUCUGGGACAGUCACGUGAUCAAUGGGUAUUUGGUAGACAAGUAUGGAGGAAUCGAUGACUCGCUCUAUCCUACCGAUAUGCAAGAAAGAGCCAAAGUCAACCAAAAACUGCACUUUGACACCGAAUUCGCGCUGCUCAGUUCCAGAAUUAUAAAAGGGAUCCUCCAUGGAGGUAAGAAAAGCGCCCCCCAAGAACAAGUGGAUGAAAUUAUUGAACGUUACGACUUUUUGGAGAAAUUCUUGACAGUCAACACCUUCGUAGCGUUAGGGCAAAUGACCAUCGCCGACUUCAGUUUAGUUGCCACAGUGUCAACCAUUGAUAUUAUUGUGCCCAUCGACGCAAAAAAAUACCCCAAAAUCACCGCGUGGAUAAAGAAAAUGCAAGCUCUCCCCUAUUACGCCGCCAACAAAAACGGUCUCGACAAAAUCAGAAACCAAAUCGCGGCGGCUUUGGAGGGCUGACCUGGACCAAUCACAUACUAAUAAUCUACUUUUUUGAAUGUUAUUGCUUGUUUUUAUGUAGACUUUAAAUAAUAAACAUUCUCGAGAGUGUA